CAUCAGCGGCGUGGUAGAAAUCUCGCGAGACAGUUCGGGUUUAGCUGGCGCGAGAUUUAACUCGUCUAUACUCUUGUCGUGGUCGUCCAGUCGUUUUCAUUUGACAGAAGUAGCUAACGCUAACCUUCUGGAUUCAUGCACUUAGCUGUGUAGCUAGCUGGUUAUUAUUUGUCAGAGAGGCAUUAUUUAACGUCUCUGCAUUAACGAAUAUGUCUGUACUAGAUGAAAUGUAAAAAACAAAAACUUACUUGCGAUGGAUUCAAAGCCUUCACCUGCAGUCGUCGUUAGUGCCGUCCCGCCAUAUGGGCAUGUCAUCCUCAGCGCCAAGUGGAGAGGCUCUACGUUAGCGCACCAUUUUAAAGGGGUUGUGAAAGCGAUAUUUGAGGAAGAGCUUGGUGUUGUUGAUCUGCACCUCAGCAACAAAAGUUGUAUCCUGUAUGUGUCAGAGAGUGACGUGGUGGCAGGGAAUGACUACAAAAGAAAGAUUGUCCGAUUCAGAAAUGCCAAUAGCAACUUCCAUGGGGUUGUUCUAGUGGAGAAGACUCGUCUCAGUGAGCAGUAUUUCAGUGGCCUGCAGAGGUUUGUGGUACUGGAGCUGGGUUUAACCCUGCUUGCUGUCGCCAGUCCUGUUGAAGCAGCCCAGCUCAUUUCACAGAUGGUCCAUGGAGAGAGCAAGGAAAACCCUUUUCGCAGAAGAAGUGCAUGCAGACUCUUAGACCCGGUGGUGUUGAACCUAGUGCAGCAGAUCCCUGGGGUCGGCAAAGUAAAGGCCAUGGCUCUGCUCCAGCAGUUCUCCAGCAUCCAUCAGAUCUGCAACCUCUCAGCCCAGCAGCUGGAGUCUGUUGUGGGGCAGGCCACUGCUCAGCAAAUCUGGGGUUUUUUCCAUAAUCAGCUCAGCUGACACUACACGACAUUCUACUGUGCAGACUUUCACAAGGACUUUUUAGCUCAAACUCUUUAACCUGCUGCAAGCCAAGCGCUCCGAUAUCAGAAUACAGCCAUCCAAACUUGUGUUUAAUGUUUUUUUGCUGAUUUUUAUAAGAAUAAUUUAGAUUAGCAAGAAAGUCAAGCUGCAUAAACGUAAUUUGAAUUCAAAAGUUGUACAAAAUAUAAUUAGAAUAAAUUACAUGCUUAUUUGUUAGAUCAUUUUGUUUGCUUUUCAUUGUAUUAAAUAUCUAUUUAAAUGUAUAGCUCAUAAUUUUAUUUACUUUUCACCUGUGAUUUCUCAUUGACAUCUGGAGUGGUACAGUUUCAGAAAAUGUUUUGACCCAUUGAUUAUUAAAAAAGCAUUGGUGCUUUUUGUUUGGUACAAUGUACAA